CUUAUUUCUAAACAUUCUCCUUCCUCUUAAUCCCUUUGAGAGAGAUUGAUCACCUUCUCUAUACAUUAACCUCAACUCUCAUUUGUUCUACUUCUUUUGCUCUUUCUUCACUCUUCCAUUCAUUCUUUUCCAAGAAAAUAACAAAGCUAGUCAAGUCCUUAAAAGAUUAAAAAGGAUGUGUUCAUCUAAUUCCAAAUUGCAGAGGAGCAGUAGUGCUGAUAAUAUUACAACACAAACCAUCUCUCAUAUCAAUGGACGCCCUGUUCUUCAACCAAAUAGAAACCAACUCCCUUUCUUGGAACGCCGCAAUUCCCUUAAAAAUUCACCAGCCAAGACUUUUGCUGGUGCACCGUUACACCCUUUGUCAUCACCAAGACUUAAUAUUUCCCCUCCAAGUACUACUAAUGGUAACAAUAACAACAAAAUUAGUGCAAAAAUCAAGCCUUUCGUGACAACUCCUCCUAUCUCUCCUAAAAUCAAGUCACCUAGGCAGCCAGCAAUUAAGAGGGAUAAUGAUCCUCAUGGCUUGAAUUCUAGUGCUGAGAGAGUGGUGUCACCAAAAGACACUACCAAAACCACAUAUUUAGUGAAGAAGUCCAAGAAUUCCAGUGGAGUACCUUGUGCGGAAAAUUCCUCGUUGAAAUACUCUUCUUCUUUGAUAGUUGAGGCACCAGGAAGCAUAGCAGCAGCAAGAAGGGAACAAGUAGCCAACAUGCAAGUCCAAAGGAAAAUGAGAAUAGCUCAUUAUGGAAGAACAAAGUCAGCUAAGUUUGAAGGCAAAGUCUCUGCUGCUGCUUUUCAUCUUCUCCUGCUUCUGCUUCCCCUACCUCCAAUCCUCGAGAAGAAAAAAGAUGCAGCUUUAUCACAGCUAAUUCGGAUCAAAAAGGAAUUCGGUUCCUUCAACAAGUAUCUGUGGGGAUUUGUGAACAACAAGCCCAUUGCAACACAAUACAAGGCCUGUAACAAAAUUCCAGUAAAGACCUCAAAAUCUGAAAGCAUAAGCAAAGACAUGGUGAAGAGAGGUUUCCGGUACGUCGGUCCGACAGUCAUACACUCCUUCAUGCAGGCAGCCGGCCUUACCAACGACCACCUCACCACCUGCCCACGACAUCUCCAAUGUGUUACAUUGGCAACUCAACCACCCUCCACCCAGUAAUAGCCUAAUAAUAUUAGAUUUUAUUAUUAGCAAAAUCAUAGGUUUUAAGAAGUUGUUAGAGAUGCUUGCUAAUUGUUUAACAAUAUCAUACGUACUUAUUUUUAUUCUCCUUUUGGUUUGUGAUUAUUGAGGUGAUAACAGUUUGGUGAUGUAAGAUAUUGGGUUGGUUAAUGGGCAGUAAUAUUUUAUAGUAUAAGAAAGAACAAAGGGAGGGAUUGUGCAGAUAUGGGGCCGACAGGAAGCAUGUGCAGGGUGGGCAAGGGAAUGACAAUGGCAUGUGUUUGUAGCAUAUGCCUUCAUUUAAUUUUGUGUCCACUGACCAAGUGACCACCAGCAGGAGCCUAGGGGGCCAUCAUUUCCCCACCACCGCUCCAUUAUUUGGGUGCUUUUGACAGGCUGUGUAAAAUUUGAAGACUCAUCAUAAUCAUCAUCUUCAUCAGAAUGGAGCAGAACAGAGGAGCCUUUGGACCAGCCUUUCCAGCCUUUGGCCCAGCCUUUCCAUUCCUUUUUAGGUUCUUGAUUUGGAUAACAAUCGCAUACAUGCUUGUGCUUGCUUGUUUCAGAGAACAAUGUGGACCAUUUGAUCCUUUCACAAAGUUACAGCGUGACACGUGCCUGCUAGAUAAAAUUAGAAGUUGGUGACCUAAUGACAGGGGACGGCAACUAAAGCCCCAACGGAUGGUGAUCAUAACUUAAAUUAACGAAAUUCUAUAGAAUUACUUUCAAUAAGAAAAGAAAAAAGACGUGGUUUGAUUGUUGUUUUGCCCAUAGUACAAUGUUGCUGAAUUCUAAUAUGACCCAGAAGCAAACACGAAGUGUUAUGCAGUAGCGUAUUCAUAUUCUAGCGUGAGAUUUGGUCGAGUGCUUCCCGUUUGGCCUUUGCCUUUUUCCCUACAUAUUUUUUCAUAUGGGAUUGUAAUACCAUGGAUUAUACUGGUUUGCCGAAAUAUCUAUGCAAUUCUUUCUGUGUAUUAUUCUAAA